AUUAUGCCGCAUGACAGAGGUUCAUCGUUGCUGGUGGCAAUUGAUAAUCUGUUGUACCUUACAGAAAAGGGACAGUGUAAUAGACUGGUGAGCUGUAGUAUACAGUAGAACUGUUAUCGUCAGUGAUACAACCACUUAUAAUCCAAUUAUUGUUUUUUCUUCAUCCAUGAAAAAUAUCGCCAAGCUCGAGACGUGCUUGCUUUUUCACUAAGUUCCCAUCUUUAAAACGUCUGCCUUUUCGUCGGCAGUUUUAGGAUUUUAAGAAACGCGUAUCUAGCAGAUAUUCGCACACCGAUUGCAACUCAGCAACGGUGGUGAAAACGUCUCUUAAAAAGAGAAUUCGCGUUGUUUGAAACUUCAUUGCGAUGAAUCCAACACGCAUAAUUUGUCAAAUGCAGGCGAGUCCUGGACUUGUCUAGGACGGAGUUAAAUUCUUAGGGACUGUUUACAUGGAGAUGGGGGACCACAGAUAGGUGAGGUAACAUGCGGUAGGUCACCCCACCUAUCAUGUAAACGUGAUCAAAUUGAAGUGAGAGAUUACAAUUAUGGACAGGGAGGUUACCCCACCUAAGCGGAAAAGAGAAAAAUUGAUAAUCGUGUUCACGUUUUCCAUAAAACGUGAAAUUAUUUCGUUGUUCACAUGGAACUUUGAACGGCUAUGCCUCUGAAUUUUCGUACGGUUAAGGUGAUGUUAUACUCAGGGGCACCCAAUGGCAAUUUUCGGGAAAAUAUCUGUUCGGAAGACGAUUUGAGAUCCAGAAUUUUCGGAGCAUUUGUUGUAAAAUUUCUUGCUUGCCUGCCUCUCCUAGGAUUUUCGAACAUCUACAAAAUGGUAUAAUUAACCAUUUUUAACGGAUUUUGACCAUAAAAAAGACCACCUAGAAUUUUCGGGAGCCUUUUCUUGGCUGAAGCUUUCGAGAAGGUAAGUUUUUAUCCCUAUAAUUUUCGGAUCACUAGACUUUCAGCUAGGAAAUCCGAACAGAUGAAAAGUUUUUAGGGGAUAAAAACAUGCCUAUAUCUAGGGUUGCAAUGUUGGAGCAAUGUUGCAACCAUUCGAAACAAUAUCGCAACAAUGUUGCAACGCCGUGUUACGGCUUGCAGUAAAAAUGGUUGUUGCGAGUUGUCUCGUGUAAUAUCACCUUUAAGGCUGUUUCGAGUGAACGUUCGAAUUCAAGUUCAGCCGGUCGAAAAUUCGCCCUGUUGCCUUUUUGACUUUCUCUUUGCUGUCGCUGUCUGGACAUCGUAAACUUCCUCUUGAGUGCCAAGUGUAUGAAAGGUUGCUACUUUUUACCAAUCCUGAAUCAGCCACAGGGCGUAGCAAAGCAGUGGGUGCGGGGUGAAGGAAGGAAUGGAGGGGAAAAAAUAGAGAAGUGUGUUGAGAUGUCGCAAUGAGAAUAUUGUACAUCUCUGGCUUUAUCAGUGUCACAACUUUAAAUAUGAAAUAGCGAAGUCUUGAUCGUUUAUAUUGAUGAAAAAAUCUUCCCCGAACUCACACAAGUGAGUAUGCUCGCCGGCUGCUGUUGUUGUUGAAUAGUUUUGAUAUUCUUCAACUUUCCGACUGUUUCAUUCAGCGCUGGGGCCACGGUCACUUCCAUCAUAGAAAUGGCCAUAUCUUACAAUUAUGAAUACCUAGCAAUGUUUACAGACACUGGUUUGUUAUGGAUAGGAUCAGCAGAUUUACAGGUGGGUAUAACACUGUCACAUUUGUUCAGCCCGCAAAUUUAGCUAUCAGAGGACGAGUUCCAGUAGCUAGCGCCGAGUUGACUCGGAUUCUUACAAAAUGAGAAUGAGUGGCGGUCUAAUUCAACUGGCAGUACUAACUUUGAUUCUAUACCCAGGUUUGAAGAAGGCGUGUAAAAAGGCUUUUGUUUAUACUACUCGAAUUUGAGGUAUCUUUUCUUGUAACAAAUGAAGACCCGUAUCUGCCUUAGUUCUACAUGGUGGGAUAUCAUCAUUAAUUUAGUCUAGCCACUUCUUCCUCGGAAAUCUUGCAGAAACAAUUUCAUGUCAUCCCAAAGUUGAUUUUAAUUGUGUUCAUUUAACUUGCCGACAUCUCCGCAAAGCGAGUAGGCUUAGCAACCCGGGCGCUAGGCCAGGCCCUGAAGAGCUCAACUUACGUACGCCUGUAUUUCGCAGUUCUUUGAAUUUUGCAGUUAUUGUUGUAUUUCUGACUUCUUUAGAAAGUCUACUGUGAGUUCAACACUUCUUGUCCAUCAAGACCCAAGCAACUAACCUGGUAAGGAGGGAGCAAUUGUUGUUUCUAGAAUGAAGGCUCUCGUCUUUUAUGGCGAAUUCUCGCCCGGUUGGCCGGGCCAUUCCUUUGAAUUCAAACUAAGAGCCAUCGGUGUUUUUCUUUCUUCCGCCACCCAUCAAGCGACGUGUCGCCGACACGUGUUGCUGCAACUAAUCUCCUGACCUGUACACAGGGAGAAAUCUGUAGCCGACACGUGUUGCAGCAACUAGUCGCCUGACAUGUACACAGGGAGUGAUCUAUCGCCGCAACGUGUUGCAGCAACUAGUCGCCUGACCUGUACACAGGGAGUACUCUGUCGCCGACAAGUGUUGCUGCAACUUGUCUCCUUGUGUGUUCCGAUCUUUACUUAUUUCAACUUACCUUACAGGUGUGCAAUGGGCGCUGUCAUAUGUUACUGGGACGAUUAUUUGGAUGUUGUUGGACCGACAAUGGACACUAUUAGAUAUCCUUUGAUUAACAAGAUCAUUCUUUAUGAUGAUCAGACUAGCUUUCCAACUAUUUGCGAGGCAAGCUAUCUAACUGCUAGAACAUGCUAG